CAUGUCUCUCCCUUUUACAGUACACCUUGGCUACAGAUGCUUUCCAGCUUGGCUACACAGAGGACGGCCACUGUAAAGGCGAGGUGGACCGCUCACUACCCCAUCCUCAGAGGCUUCUCUGGGACAUCCCAUCAGAGGUUCAGGCUCAAGUACACAGUUCCCUGGCUGUUGCCCAGGCACUGGCAGAUGAUGUGGUGCCAUGUGUUCCCUUCAGCGAGUUUGGAAAAGGACGGAUCAAGAAGCUUCGCAUCAGCCCUGAUGCAUUCAUACAGAUUGGCUUACAGCUGGCAUACUACAGGGAUCGUGGUGGUUUCUGUUUGACCUAUGAGGCAUCAAUGACGCGUCUUUUCAGGGAGGGCAGGACAGAGACUGUGCGAUCCUGCUCCAACGAAAGCUGUGCCUUUGUCAAAGCUCUAGAGGGUGGAGAGGCAGAGGAACAAUGCAGGUGUCUCUUCAAACUGGCUUCCGAGAGGCACCAGAACCUUUAUCGAAUGGCUAUGACUGGAGCUGGAAUUGACAGACACCUCUUCUGCCUGUAUGUGGUGUCCAAAUACCUGGGGGUGGAGUCACCAUUUCUUAAAGAGGUUUUGUCAGAGCCUUGGCGUCUCUCCACCAGUCAGACUCCAGUUCAGCAGAUAGAGCUGUUUGACCUGAAGAACCAUCCUGACUACAUAUCCCUGGGCGGAGGGUUUGGACCUGUUGCUGAUGAUGGUUAUGGAGUUUCGUACAUCAUUGUGGGUGAGGACAUGAUCAACUUCCAUGUGUCAUCCAAAUACUCCUGCAGUGAGACUGACUCCCACAGGUUUGGAGCUCAGAUAAGUAAAGCUCUUCAAGACAUCAUGACUGUCCUUACUUCUGACACCAAAACCUCCUCGUCCUCCAAAGGAACAACUCAGCCUCAGCCCAAGAAGCUCCUCUGAAUACAGCUGAAAGCAUUUCAGCAUGUGGAUAUUCCCCUCAAUAAAUCUACACUGAGUGUAGAAAUAAUGAAGAAACCAUGAUGUACAACCUUAAUGUCAAAGGCACAAAAUUUAAUGUGGCUGACUUAGGACAGAAAAGCAUUUGUAGAUCUGUCAAUAAUUAAUUUAAUGAAUAAAAGUAAAGGGAGACUGCAGCCUAAUUCAAGAGGCCAUGUGCUCUUUGUUUAUGUCACCAUUAUAAGACAAAACAGAAACAUAGUUUAUCUUAAAAUGCUAGCAUUAACAUAGUGACAGGCUGCUUUUAGACAAAGAAAAAAGAAGUGCCCCCAUUGUGAAGUGAUGUUGUGCAACUCGCCCCACUGAGUUUACAAUUGUAUUAUUAUUAUUAUUCACUGCUAAAAUUACCUAAAAUAGCAAUUACAAACAUGAGGCUAGCCCUCCAUGUAGUAAGAGGUGGCAACGUGAAUGUCAAUACAAUUGUUAUUACAGACAUAAAUUAUAUAAAUCAUAAUAUAAGUGACUCAUUGGAAGAAGUGAAAUGUGAUUUUCAACGUGGGAUUGGUAAAAGGGGAAAUAAAAGGGAUAAAAGCCUUCUGCCUCCUGAAGUAAGCACACUCACUGGGAUAAAGAAACAGCAGUAAGAAUACUAUUUUAAAGGUCAAAGGCAAUGAUCAGGAUUUAGGUUUAUAAAUGUAAAAUAAUGCCGUCCACCUCUGGACCACUGGUACUUUUUGCCAAGAGCAGACAAAUAUUUCUCCCCACAUUGUCUGAUACUCCCACAAUGCCUCAUUACUGUUUCAAAGCUAUGGCAUUUAAGGACUGUGUGUGCCUGAAGUAUCCAUUCGCUAAAACAGCUUCAAUGCAAUUUUUAAACCAAUGCAAUUCCUAAGGGAAACUUUGUAACAUAUAUUGUUUAAUUGUUUUCUCAUGAUGUGUAUUAUUAAGAAUGUACUACAGUUGGUCAGAUAGCUGUUCUAGGCUUUGUCAAGAUACGUUAUCAUGUGCAGUGAAGUCAUGGUGAAACAAAUAGAGUGACGGAGCUAAUGGUUCAUUCACUGUAACGCAGGAAGCCAGUGUGUGUUAUUCCUGUUUCCUACUCCUAAAACUAGCAGAAUAUUCUCAUAUCAAUAUCAUUAGAAACUUCCAGUUUUGUUAGGGUGGUGUUAAUCCUCCACUACAUCUUUGCUCAUGUUUUUUAUCAUCUCUUUUUAGAGAGACUGCUUGCUUAAUAUUUUGCUUAAUGUUUUAACAACCACAGUGGCUUCUGUUUCUGUCUCAGGCUUCAGUGCCUCAUUUCUUAAACCAUUUAAUGCCAGAGCGAUCAUUUGUUUUUCUAACUGCAAAAGAGUUGUAAAGACUGUUUCUACAGCUACACACUAACAACUUCUCUACCUCUGUCCAUUCAUUACUUUUUUUAAGAGUUUCUGUAUAUGCCUUGCAUUAUUUCUCACUUUGUUUUCCUUUUAAUUCAAUAGAUCUAUUUUACCUUAACAGUGAGUUUUGGUUUCAGGUAAUAAAAAGAAAUAUUCAUGUUCACAAGUAUGUUUUGCAGAGUUGACAACUUAUGUUAUGAUUAGAUGGCCAUGGAUCCAAUAUGUCAAUUACCCAUGUCCUCUUCUGCCUUCCAUAUUUACUUAAGUAAAUACUUUUGUAAACCUCUUCCAGGAAAACUACAGAGUCCCUUGGCCCCUUUCAUCAUUGCUUCUUAUAAUUAUGGUACAUUUAAAAUGACUCUGAUCUAGCAAGUUGGACAGGAUGUCGUUAAAAGUCUCAUUAAAGCCUCCUCUGUUGUUCACUUCAUGCUCUAGUCUGCCUGAAAAACAAAAGCAGUGAAACCCUUCUCAGUCUACUUCACUGUUCCACACAUAUUAUCACUUAAUAUGUGAUGGAUUCAGUGUCCUCUGGCUUUCAAUGGUUUGGACAAUGAGCUUCUCACAAAAAAAGCUAGAAUUUCACAGCAGGGUUACAAUGUACUUUUAGGAUUAAAGGUUAAUGUUAAUAUUAGCACUGUCUUUUCUUAUUCUUUGAUUUUUGGGAUACAUUUUUAUCUUCUAUUUCUGAUACAACUAGUGUUUUUACUCUUAGUUAUAGUGGUGAUGCUUGAAAGGUUUUGAUGAAUUUUUGGGUAUUGUAGUUUUAAAUUAUAUGAUAUCCCAUGUUUACUGACUUUACACUCCAAAUGAUCUCUUUUUUUUCAGUUUGUUUUCAUUGUAAAACUUAAAAUUGUGGAGUUUGUGAAGAAGGCCUUUUAGAGAUGAUGAUGGCAAGUUAUUUAUCAAAAAAAUGCUUACUGACCUUACAGUGAAUCUGCAUCAGUAUAUUCAUUUAUUGGUUACAUUAACAGCUAAAUACACAUUUUCACCGCUUAAGUUGUCUCUUGUGGGAAUCUGUGAAAAAUAAAAUGCAAGUGAGGA